AUGAAAAGAAUUGUAAAAAAAAUAGAAUAAGAAAAAAGAAAAAGAUUAAUUUAUAUAAUAAUAAAUAGAUAAUUACAUAAAAAAAAAGAAUGUAAGAAGUUAUAUUAAAUCACCAGAAGGCAUAGAACUGAUAUAAAUUUUAUUUAAUUAGCUGAUAUUAUAUAAAUAUUUUCAGAUUAAACAGAAAUUCCUAAAGAAGAUUUAAAUAAUAAAUUAGAUGUUAAACUUCCUAAGAGGUAGAGAAAUUUUAUAAAUCUAUCAUUAAAGGUUAAAUUCAAGAAUAAGAGGAAGAAGCAUUUGCUAAAAUUUAUCAUUUUAAUAUGCUUAAUAAAAAAAAACCUAAAAUACAUUCAAGUUCACUUAUAAAAUUAAUGUUCCUAGAACUUAAAUUUCAUGAAAAAAGAAAACUAUUAGAUAAUAAAGAUUAGAAUUAAUGGUUUAAGAAAUUUAAGAAAAAGAAGAUUUUUGAAUUUCAAAAUAAAUUUAAGGCUAAUCCUAUUCCAUUUUUUAUGUUUGUUCCAGCUCAUAAUUUAGAUAUUUUUUCUCCUUCAAGAAUAUAUAAUGUUAAUCCUUCUAGUUUUUAUUAGAAAGAUAUUUAAAAGAUUUAUGGAAAGAAAACAAAUUGAAAGAAAAAAAUGGAGGAAUUAAAUCCUUAAGAUAUAGAUCCAGAAUGUAAAUUUAAUCCUAAAAUUAAUAAAAAUGUGUCUCCAAAAGAUAAAGAUAAUCAUUUUAAUGAAGCAAAGGAAUGGAAUUAAAUUACCUUGA